AGUGAACACCACUACUAAAAAAAGGAUCUAAACCGAAUAUAGCUCUGCACGGAGCUGUGAACGCGUGGACAUUUCGCUGCGCCGACGGUUGCCGAGAGACUGAAGCGUGCGAAUGCUCGAGGUACAGCAUUCACAGUCUCUCGGCAACAGUCGGCGCAGCGGAAUGUCUACGCGUUCACAGCUCCGUGCAGAGCUCGAAAGUGAUAGUCUAUAAUUGACAGUAUCCUGCUUUGGCACUAUUUUUACUAAAUAUGGUGCAAAAAAUCAGGUGCUGAUUCUCUGGCGUUUUCAAACCUGGAAUCUCAGCCCUGUGUUUAGGAAACUACAAUGUCUUACUUUGGUGGUUAGAGGAUAU